AUGAGUUUGGAUUGGAUGGGGGUUAUGGCUGGAUUGAAUCUUUUGGGGGCGUUUACUUAUGCUGUUAGGAUCCCCGAAAAAUGGUUUCCGCGACGCCACGAUAUUAAGAGAUUCGUCAAGACCUAG